GGUCACUACGUCAAACAGUGUCCUUUAGCAGCAACUAGUGAAUGGUACUGUUAUAUUUGUAAAGUGAUCACUGAUCACAAUACAAAUUCUUGUCCAAAAAAUGAUGACAGUCAAAAUUCAGGCAGGUCUGACUACAGACGUGGUCGUGGUCGUGGUAGAGGUAGAGGUAGAGGUGCUUUUAGAAGAGGUACGUUCUUCAAAGGAGGUUUUGGUGGCAAAUCCAAAGAAUACACCAAAUCCAAGUCGAAGACGUUCAAAAAGCAAGCAGCCCCACCAAAGGAUGGAGAUAAAAAGAAACCACAAGCACGACAAGCAGAAGUUAAUAUUCAAUCUUAGCAGAGUGCGCAGCGGAGAAAAACAAAGAAGUUCAAGGACCUUGUUCCUAAUUGGAACUUUAGAUAAAGACUUUACCUUUUUUUAUUAAUAUUUAAUAUUAGAUGUGUUCAUGAUCGUUAAUCGAUUUUAGAUGUAAUUUUUGAAAUUAUAUGUUAUUCAUUAUAUUUAAAAUAUGUAUGUGCAAAGGGAGGGAGUGUCAGAAAUAGUUUACUUUGCUCAUACAUGAGGCACCAUCUAUUAGACGUUUAAAGUAA